AUGCCUCGAGCGAAAAGACCUCUUGUAGAAAUUGACCCAAACCAGCAACCGCCGCCGCAGGUCCUGGAUUCAUCAGAGGCUCAAAAGCCCAAACGUCAACGCACAAGCGCCAAAACACAAUUUGAAAAGUCAUCGUUCACCGGCAAAUAUGAGUACAUGUGCAUUGGCAGACCUCCGUGGGCUGAUACUGAUACUGAGGAAGAGGGGGGAGAAGAUGACGCUGAACAAAACAAGCUUGUUCAUCAGAAGCCCAUCACAGAGUACCCUGAAUGGAAAUGGUUCAUGUUGAACGAAGCGUUCACACUUCUGGACGCCGCAUACAAGGACGCCGACAAUCGUGACCCCGAUCGGUUCGGCAUGUAUGUUUACAAUGACUAUUUCGGGUACGGACUGAUCGAGGUCUUGGAGAAUAUGCUGAUGAGAGCUUUCAACAGAGAGAUGAAACCUCAAAAGGGCAAGCAAUACAACUACCAGCAAAUGUGGGCUAUUGUCACAACCCUUGCCAACUUCCUCAAUCGAGACGUCAGUGUGCCAUGGAGAAUGGUUGAUGACAGUCAAAGAUGCGAGCGACUCGCGGGGAUGUUCGGGUGCGUUAUCUUGACGGCUUUGAACGAGUUGGAUCGUAUCGGGCAGCUCAAGAAAGACUCACGAUUUCUGGAUCUUGGGCAUGUUAUGGCUCUAUUCUUGCUGUGGUCGAAAAGUGUAACGUCCACUGUCAUUGAGUAUCCUACUUUCACGUUGGGCUCUGACGGGGAGAAACAAACUGAAUCGGACCCAGUAGAUUGGCGCGAAGCAAUUGUGGGAUAUGCCAAGAAGGCGAAGAUUGAUCUAUCGACCCAGGGAGUCUCUGGCUUGGAUAAUCWUGUCGUGGGACCAGGCGAGGAAUAUCCAAUUGGCAAGGCCAAGGUGGAAAGGUGGAACUGGACAUUGCUUCUACGAGACUAUCGCGAAGACUAUCUAUUUCGACCUACGAUCCUUGCCUUGUCGUCGGACAAUAUUGGUGGCGAUGGUUACAACCUGUUGGAAUGGACCCGAUCAGACAGGGCCAAGUAUGCAUUCGAUAAGAAGGAUCCUCUGGCGGCAUAUACGGACGAACAAAUCGAGGAUGGGGGAUUCGAAUUGUGA